GGUGUGUUGGUUCAAUUCGUAAUCACAAUUGGCGACGAACUCGUAUGAGGGACGGACUACUCCGAAGUGAUGUUGUUGUGACUGGUUGGGACAGGGAGAAUGACGAUGACAAAGGUUGGACUCUAGGGACGUCGGAUCUUCAGAGAUGCAGCAAGUCGGAGUCGGUUGCUGGAGUUUGGAUGUUGUGAAUGGUGCAAAGCAGUGGUGCUGGUACGGGGCGCCGGUGGAGGAGGAAUUGCUAGCUCCAGGGGUCGGGCGAUGCGGUGGUGGGCCAAUUCAAACAGCUAGGCAGGCGAGGCAGGUCCCGAUCCUGCUCUGAACGAAAUGACUGCUGUUGGAAAAAAUGAGGAGAGUGGUGGAGAGGGAUUGAGGGGGAAAAGCCUCUUGCUUGUCCACGGACAGACUCUUGUCGAACGAAUGAGUGGAUGGCAGAUAUUGACCAGGCGAAGAGCGACCCUGACAACCUAGAGUAUGGAGACUAAAGGCAGGCGUGCGUGGCGUCAACUUUCGAGAGAGGGUGGCAGUGAUGGACACGAGAGUCUCGAGCGACGCGACCGACGCGAGUGACUGUCAGGUCGUAAAAGCAAGUUGGGGAGGCUGUCGCUAAUCG